GUAUUUUCCCUGUUAGAAAAAACUGUGCUUGGUUCCCCUGUGCAAUUUGCUUGGCAGAAAACAUUAGGAAACUUCAUUGCUGUUACAGGAUCAGAUCACACUAUAAAAAUCUUUGAUCGUCAUGGUCAAAAGAAAAAUGAAAUUAAUCUACCUGGCAACUGCAUUGCCAUGGAUUGGGAUCAAGAUGGAGAUACCCUGGCAAUAAUUGCUGAUAAAUCUAAUUCCAUUUAUCUGUGGGAUGCCAACACAAACAAAACCAGCCAGAUGGACACUGGCAUGAGAGAGGCGAUGUCUUUCUUGCGUUGGUCAAAAACUGAAGCCUUACUUUCUGCUGGAACAGCUAAGGGAAACUUACUAAUCUAUAAUCGCCAAACUUCUCGCAAGAUACCUAUCCUUGGUAAACACACCAAGCGCAUCACGUGUGGCUGUUGGAGCAGUGGAAAACUUUUAGCAUUAGGUGGUGAAGACAAAUUGAUAACAAUUAGUAACCAUGAAGGAGACACUAUCCGAGUGGCAGCAGUGAAAGGAGAACCCAGUGAUAUGCAGUUCAUAGUCAUGAAGACAGAUGACAGAACGUCAGGAAGCGAGACCACAGUAAGUGUUGUGGUUGGCAAGAAAAUACUGUAUCUUUUUAAUUUCAAAGAUCCAGAUAACCCAAUCGAGCUGCAGUUUCAACAGCACUAUGGGAGCAUUGUGUCUUACAAAUGGUUUGGGGAUGGUUACAUCAUGAUUGGUUUCUCACUGGGCUUCUUUGUGGUGAUCUCUACACACAUUCGAGAGAUAGGUCACGAAAUCUUGCAAGCUUGCAAUCAUAAAGACAGCCUGACAAGCAUUGCAAUAUCACCGUCACUCAACAAGGCUGCGUCAUGUGGAGAUAACUGCAUUAAGAUCCAUGACCUGUCAGACCUAAGCGAAAUGUAUGCAAUAAUAAAUUUAGAGGAUGAAAACAAAGGUUUAGAUGAGCUAUCGUGGACUGAUGAUGGGCAGCUGCUGGCAGUGUCUACAAAGAGAGGAUCCCUUCAUGUCUUCUUAACAAAACUUCCCAUUCUUGGAGACUCGUGCAGCACACGGAUUGCAUACCUCACCUCACUCCUUGAAGUCACUGUAGCCAAUCACAUUGAAAGAGAGAUACCAAUUACAGUUUCUGUGGAAGUAGAGCCCAGCUUUGUUGCCGUGGGACAUUACCAUUUGGCUGUGGGCAUGAAUAACCGCGCAUGGUUUUAUGCUCUUGGAGAGAACAGUGUCAAAAAACUCAAGGACAUGGAAUAUCUGGGAACAGUAACCAAUAUGUGCCUUAAUUCUGAUUAUGCUGCUGCCCUUUUUGAGGGUAAAGUUCAGUUACAUAUGAUAGAAAGUGAAGGCUUGGAUACCCAGGAAGAACGAGAGACUAGACUGUUCCCCGAUAAUGACGAUAAAAGUAAAAUUUUGUGCCAUGCUUUAACUAGUGAUUUCCUCAUCUAUGGUACUGAUGCUGGUCUUAUCCAAUAUUUUUACAUCGAAGACUGGCAGUAUGUGAAUGACUAUCGGCAUCCUGUCAGUGUGCGAAAAAUCUUCCCCGAUCCCAAUGGCUCCAGACUGGUUUUCAUUGAUGAUAAAAGUGAUGGCUUUGUCUACUGUCCUGUGAAUGAUGGUGUCUAUGAGAUUCCAAAUUUCCAGCCAACUAUCAAGGGCAUUCUGUGGGAAAACUGGCUUAUAGACAAGGGAGUGUUUGUUGCAUAUGAUGAUGAUAAAAUAUAUACUUAUGUCUUCCAUAAGGAUACUAUACAAGGAUCCAAGGUGAUUUUGGCAGGAGGCACUAAAGUUCCUUAUUCUCACAAGCCAUUGUUGUUAUAUAACGGAGAAUUAACCUGUCAGACUCAAAGUGGGAAAACCAACACAGUUGCCCUUAGUACUCAUAGCUUUCUUGGUACUUUAAAAAGCUUGGGGCCUAAUGAUAUGAAACAAAUGCUCACACAAACGUUAAUGUUGAAAAGGUUUUCGGAAGCAUGGGAGUUGUGCAAACUGCUGAACAAUCAGCCAAGUUGGAACGAACUAGCCAGAGCUUGUUUACAUCACAUGGAGCUGGAGUUUGCAAUUCGGGUAUACAGGACCAUCAGAAAUGUGGGAAUGGUCAUGUCACUAGAGCAAAUAAAGGGUAUCGAAGACCACAACCUUUUAGCAGGGCACCUUGCUAUGUUUACUAAUGACUUUAACUUGGCUCAGGAUUUGUAUCUGGCAUCUUCUUGUCCUUCUGUUGCUCUUGAGAUGAGAAGAGAUUUGCAGCACUGGGACAGCGCGUUACAGCUGGCUAAGCGUUUGGCACCAGAUGAAAUCCCCUUCAUAUCAAAGGAAUAUGCUGUACAACUGGAAUUCACGGGAGAUUAUGUGAAUGCUCUGGCACACUAUGAAAAAGGAAUUACAGGGAACAAUAAGUUCCAAGAGCAUGAUGAAGCCUGCCUCGCUGGAGUCGCUCAGAUGUCUAUUCGCAUGGGUGAUAUUCGGCGGGGCGUCAACCAAGCCAUCAAGCAUCCCAGCAGGGUUUUGAAAAGAGAUUGUGGAGCUAUUCUGGAGAGCAUGAAGCAAUUUUCAGAAGCUGCCCAGCUUUUUGAAAAAGGGCAAUAUUAUGACAAAGCUGCCUCAGUAUAUAUCCGAUGCAAAAAUUGGGCAAAGGUUGGUGAGCUUCUCCCUCAUGUGUCCUCGCCAAAGAUACAUUUACAGUAUGCCAAAGCAAAGGAAGCAGAUGGCAGGUACAAAGAAGCUGUCUUGGCCUAUGAAAAUGCCAAGCAGUGGGACAACGUUAUCCGGCUAUAUUUGGAUCAUCUUAACAAUCCUGAAAAGGCUGUUAGCAUUGUCAGAGAAACACAGUCUCUCGAUGGAGCAAAGAUGGUGGCCAGGUUCUUUCUGCAAUUAGGUGACUACGGUUCUGCCAUACAAUUUUUGGUCAUGUCCAAAUGUAAUAAUGAAGCUUUUUCCUUGGCCCAGCAGCACAAUAAGAUGGAGAUUUAUGCUGAAAUAAUUAGUUCUGAGAACACCACUAAUGAAGACUUUCAGAGUAUUGCCUUGUAUUUUGAAGGAGAGAAAAAGCAUUUUCAGGCAGGGAAAUUCUUCCUUCUGUGUGGUCAGUAUGCCCGGGCAUUGAAGCACUUUCUGAAAAGUCCAAAUACAGAUGAUAACAUGGCUAUAGAAAUGGCAAUAGAGACGGUGGGACAGGCAAAAGAUGAAGCUCUGACUAAUCAGCUCAUAGAUUACCUCAUGGGAGAGAGUGAUGGAAUACCAAAGGAUGCCAAAUACCUGUUUCGGUUGUACAUGGCGCUAAAGCAAUACCGUGAAGCUGCCCGGACAGCCAUAAUAAUCGCCCGAGAAGAGCAGUGUGCAGGUAACUAUCGAAAUGCCCAUGAUGUUCUCUUCAGUAUGUACUCAGAAUUGAAAACCCAAAAAAUUAAAAUACCUUCUGAGAUGGCUACAAACCUUAUGAUUCUACACAGCUAUAUUUUAGUAAAGAUUCAUGUUAAAUAUGGUGACCAUCUGAAGGGAGCACGUAUGCUUAUUCGCGUGGCAAACAAUAUCAGCAAGUUUCCAUCCCACAUUGUCCCCAUCCUGACCUCCACUGUGAUUGAAUGUCAUAGAGCAGGACUGAAAAAGUCAGCAUUUGGUUUUGCUGCCAUGUUGAUGAGACCAGAGUACCGGAAUAAAAUUGAUCUUAAGUAUAAAAAGAAGAUUGAAGCGAUGGUCAGACGACCUGACACGUCAGAAGCCGAAGAGCCAACAACACCUUGCCCCUAUUGUGAAUUCUUGCUGCCUGAAUGUGAGCUUCUCUGUCCUGGCUGUAAAAACAACCUUCCCUACUGCAUUGCUACAGGACGGCAUAUGGUGAAAGGCAACUGGACUGUGUGUCCCCACUGUGACUUCCCUGCCCUAUAUUCAGAGUUCAGAAACUUGUUGCAGAAUGAAAGCACAUGUCCAAUGUGUUCAGAAAAAGUUAAUAUUGUCAGCCUUAUGAAAAUAGUUGACUGUACACCGUACCUCAAGCUUGAAGUAGAAUAAUGAUCAUAGUCAAAUUAGAUACAACAUUUCACAAGCCAGAAAAUGGAUUUUGUCUACUG